AAGUAGAAUACCUGGUGAAAUGGAAAGGAUGGCCCCCAAAAUACAGCACCUGGGAACCCGAGGAGAACAUCCUGGACUCCCGCCUCAUCGCCGCCUUCGAGCAGAAGGAACGAGAGCGUGAGCUGUAUGGGCCGAAGAAGAGAGGACCUAAGCCCAAAACUUUUCUCCUGAAGCCUGGUUCCAGCACCUCCUCUCCCAAGCUCCACUCCAGUGCCGCAGUGCACCGGCUCAAGAAAGACAUCCGGCGAUGCCACCGCAUGUCCCGGCGUCCCCUGCCCCGUCCAGACCCCCAGAAUGGCGGGAGCGUGGGUGGCGGGGCUGGCAUCCGUCCUCCUGUCUCGCCAUUCUCGGAGACCGUCCGCAUCAUCAACCGUAAGGUGAAACCCCGCGAGCCCAAGCGCAGCCGCAUCAUCCUCAACCUCAAAGUCAUUGACAAAGGUGGGAAGCCAGCCAAUGGGGCCGGGGCCCUGGCUCGGCCCAAGAUCCCGUCCCGAAACCGUGUCAUCGGCAAGAGCAAAAAGUUCAGUGAGAGCGUUCUCCGCACCCAGAUCCGUCACAUGAAGUUCGGCGCCUUUUCGCUCUACAAUAAGCCGUCCACUGCACCUGCCCCCUCUCUGGAGGGCAAAGGAGAGGCCGAAGGCUCCCAGGCAGCCUCCUGUGGGCUCAUUAUGGGCUCUACCCCCUAUGAUGCCCCCAGCUCCAGCUCCUCCGGCUGCCCGUCGCCUGCCCCCCACUCCUCCUCUGACCCAGAUGAUUCUCCUCCGAAGCUGCUUCCCGAGACCCUCAGCCCAGCCAUCCCCGACUGGCGCGAGUCAGAGGUCCUUGACCUCUCAAUCCCACCCGAGUCGGCCGCCACCAGCAAGCGUUCUCCCACAGGAGGGUGCAGCGGGGGGCAAACACCCUCCUUGUCGCUUUCCUCUUCUGACCCGGAGCAGGAGGCGGGCGACUGGCGUCCUGAGAUGUCCCCUUGCUCUAACGUGGUGGUCACGGAUGUCACCAGCAAUCUCCUCACCGUCACCAUCAAGGAGUUCUGCAACGCAGAGGAUUUUGAGAAGGUGGCAGCGGGUGGCGGUGGCGGAGGAGGCAGCAAGGCUCCGGUUCUUGACUUCGUUCCUUGUUCAGCCGAGCACUUAAGAGCUUGCACGAAGCUGCAGGGGCGCGGCUGGGUGCCUCGGAGCGCUUCGUGGGGCUUCGGGGCCUCAUAGGACUAGCAGGGCCCUCGCGUGCUCCCCGCUGCACCCUGCUCUCCGGGGGUGCCGAGGGUUUCCUUCUGGGCAGAGCAGCAGGUAGGCGCUCUUUCGCAGGUAGGUUGCUCUUUCGCUGUCCUGGAGGGAGCGUGCUGCUUCCAGCCCCCCGGCUGCAGAGGGGGACGGAGUCUUAGGUCAAGCUCUCAAAUAGAACAACAACAAAUUCACUCUGACUUUUUUUUAGAAAAAAGUUGUUGUCCCCGCGCCUCCCUCAAGCUAAUCAGCUUGGUACGCUGUCCUCUUCCUCUCUCCCCUGCUGUUAAGCCUUGUGUGCUCGUUAGGAAUAGAGGAGACUUUUUUUUUUUUUUUUUUGGAUAUUUUUUUCCGGUUUGUUUUCUUUUUGGAUAGAAAGCUGUCUGGUGGCAGAGGACAGGGGCCUGCCUCAUCUGUUCCUUCCUCUCACCUUCCCCAGCGCCAAGCUGAGGCUCAAAUCCUGCAGAUUCCUGCAAACACUGACCUUUGGGCAGGCGAGUUACCCCACUGAGCUCCGUGGUACUUGGGUGCUUCAGAUUCUGCCUGUGCUUGAGUUUCAGCAGCAUCAGAGCCUUAUCCUUUCUCUUAGAGGUCAGACCCAACUCCUAGAGUGCUGAUGGUUCUGGUGCAACCCAUCUGUCUCUUUAUUUCCCCUCACUUGGUAUACAGAGU